ACCCCUCUAAAAGCUCACCUCGCUCCGCAGGCCCUGCCAGCCACCCUCUCUGCUUUUUAUCGAGCCGGACAGCGCUGUAAGCCACCUUGGCUCCCUCUGGAUGCCUGCCUGAGGUGUGGGGUAACAUCAGCCUCUCCGGUGAGCGGAGCUGGUGUGUGGCUGCCCCAGGGCCCUGGCAUAAAUGAAGUCCUGGCCUCUGCUCUCUUGUCUCUAAGUGAUUGCGGUUGCCAUUAGGAGUUUGAAUCCAACCUUAUCUUGCAUGUAGCAGUGAGCACAUCAUCUGCCUGCUGGGAGGGGUCCCCUUAAAGUCAGGGAAACAAUUAACAGUAAUAUUAAGGUUGUAGUUGAGUGCCAAAUUAAUAAUGGAGCAAUCUCUCCCGAUUCUCUCCUCUGCUGAGGUCAAGCACUGCCAGGGACUAGGGGAUGUUCUGUGUCGGCUUGCAGAUGCACACAGCGUCUGUCCAGGAGUUCAAAGGUGCUGGUGGACGAAAUGGCUGUGCUGGUAUCAAAAGACAUUUUCUCAUUUAAAAGCUGCUCCUGCAGAGGCUGGGAGGAGAGAUGAAAAGGAAAAAUUAAGAACCCCAAAGGUAACAGCUAAUGAGCUUGACAUCUGAAGUGGGGUUAAAGAUGGAAAAAAAUCUAGGCAAGCGUUCCAUGAUUGGGGUCUAAUUAAUGAAGCUUCUGUAAUGAAGCUUCAGUUGUGAUUUGCUAAAUUGGAAUUCUUUGACCUUGUGGGUACAGGAAGACCACUUUACAUAAUCUAUUUAGAUUUCCAAAAAGCCUUUUAACAAGAUCACUGUUAGCAGGCUAACGAAGGAGGAGAUUUGUGAUGAGAUGUUUUAUUCAUAACAGAGUAGAUCAAAAUCUGGAUGGGAGACGUGGAGAAGAACAAAACAACAACAAAAAAGCCCUGAGAAGAAAGACUUAGUUGCUUUUCAUCUUGGCAUCUCUGACAGCAGUGUGCCUGUAACAUUUUCCUGAUCAUUAAAAGCAGGAAAUAGGGGAAGGAAAAUAAAGUGUGAAAUGGGGCUAAAUUAUUUAAUUUAGUCAAAGCUUGAGGGGAUUUGUAAGGAAUAGGAGAUGAAAGCACAUUACAGGCGGAGUGAUAAAAAAGAAGGGUGAUGCGUGGUGGGAUAACGUACGAUCCUUCCCCUGGAUCAGUGUGGGCUUGGGACCUGGGUGUUGCUGGGGAGGAUCAGUGGUGACAUUUGGGUGGGGGCCCGGUGCAUUCCGGAACAGCCAGGCGAUGCCAAGAUGCAAAAGCAAAACAAGCCAAGAGCACCACGUGUGCAAACAAGCAAUUUACCCGCGUCUGGAAGGCGUGCAGAGCUGGCUACGCUCUCAUCAAAGUGACUGCGGGGGUAGGGAGAGAGUCAGAAAUAGGUCAGGAGAAGUGAGGAGGCUGGGAGAAUGCGUAUAGAGGGAGGGACUUCAAAUUUUGGAAUUUUUUUCAGGAAGAAAAAAAGCCCUUGUGACAAAAUAUGACAGCGAGGGGUCUGGGAAGAGCGACGGUGUUUGUCUCUCCUGACAGCCGACGAGCAUUAGUGUAUUCUGUGAAAAGCGGCAGAUUCAGAACGGAUUGAUGAAGCUGUAUGCUCAUGUGCAGGAGCUGGGUGCUGUAGGGAGUCCUUGAGAACAGAAAUGUGAAAUCGGAAAAGCGCAUCGAUGCUCAUAUCCGUGAUUUGAUAAUUCCCUGGAGGAUAGUAGAUGACUGCGGAGGUGCUUUCACGAUGGGAGCGAUUGGAGGUGGCAUUUUCCAAGCUAUCAAGGGGUUCAGAAAUUCCCCAGUGGGUGUGAACCACCGGCUGCGGGGAAGCUUGACAGCUAUUAAAACAAGAGCCCCACAACUGGGAGGUAGCUUUGCUGUCUGGGGAGGUCUCUUCUCCAUGAUUGACUGCAGUAUGGUCAGAAUGAGAGGGAAAGAAGAUCCGUGGAAUUCAAUCACAAGCGGGGCCCUGACUGGAGCCAUAUUGGCUGCAAGAAAUGGGCCCGUUGCCAUGGUCGGAUCUGCUGCCAUGGGAGGAAUUCUUCUGGCUUUAAUUGAAGGAGCUGGUAUUCUGUUAACAAGAUUUGCCUCCACACAGUUUCCAAACGGCCCUCCUCAGUUUUCAGAUGACCCCUCCCAGUUGCAGCCCUCUCCAUUUAGCGACUACAGACAAUACCAGUGAUUCUCUUCGCUCUCCUGGUUCCUAUUGUACCUGAGCUGUACUUUACUUUAAAGUGCUGGAGGACCAAGAUGCGGUAUGUCUUUACACCACUGAUAGUCCCUCACACAAACCAUGCCCAGAGGACCUUCAGCACUUGUCAGUGUAAAGCUGCACGGGAGAACUUUUAGAAGAUGACAAAUCUAUUUAUUCACGAUAGAUUCCAUUGCUGUAAUGUUAAUACAUGUCUGGUAGAAUACAUGGAGAUUUAAGACAAGGAGCAAAGGAGUCUUGUUGUCCUUUGGACGUGGACUGAAGUGAAAGUCUUUGGAGUCUUCUCUGGGCUGUGGCAUUGACCAUCCGCAGUGAACGCAGCUGGAAUUUAGCCGCUUCCCCGUCGGAUUUAGGUUGCUACACAUACUUCAGCUUAAGGAAAAUCAUCUACACGCAGUUUUCCAUUCCUAAAGUGAAUAUUAUUGGCAGAACGUGCAAGCCAGUGAAAAUUACUUCCAGCAAUAUGUAUCUCACUGCUGUUCUUUCCUACGCCGCUGCCGUGCAGCCUCAGUUCUUUGGUUAAAGCAGAAUCUGCCUUUUGUGGAUCGGCCGGCUGCAGCGUUCCUCCGCCUUCCCCUCAACCCUCGAGGCUCUGAGCCCCUUUUAGCAAGAGGUGGCAGCAAAGUUGUCACUUCUGCUGCUGCUUGCUGUGGCUUUUGAGCAGCAGGCUCGAAAGGGAACGCCCCAGCUGGCUUCCCCUCCUAGAAUACAGUGGGGGGCUGUAGAGGCCCCGAACAGAAAACAGGUAGGGCUGGGGGAGCUGGAGGGCGGAGCAUGGCACCCACAUGCCUGCUGCUGGCGCAACCUCUUGUCUUCUCACCUCGCAUCCAGUCCUGAGCACACUUAAAACAUCUGCUCCAUGGUUUUGUUCUUAAGCUCCCAGUUGUUGAGGCAUGGUCCCUGUUGCCAGCAGUUCAAAAAUCAGAUCCGGCGAGGUUUUCUAUUGUUAAUGCUCUUGCUCGCUGGCAGUUCCUGAUAAAAUAUUCAUAUUCAAAAAGACUCGAGUACUAUUACCUGAGCCGCUUUGUGGCUUUUCCUCUGCCCGGGAAGGAGCGCGCUCUCCGUGCGCUGUCAGGAAGCUCAGACCCGUGCGGUAGGAGAGGAUGAAAACAACGCACAAGCGCUCACGGUUGACACCUGGGUGAAUUAGGAUUGCACGGAGUGUGCGUGCCAGCACGAGCUCCUCACUGUCUAUGCCCCAUCAUCCUCUAAAAGUGACAUUUUUCUGUUUCCAGCCCCCCCCCGCCUGUCCUAGCACCACUCCAGCACCACCAGGGCUUGCCUUGCUGGUGCCGUACUGGUUCGUGUAGUUGCUGCUGCUGUGUAAUUGUCAAAAAACCCCUUAAACUUAAAGGUGCUGUGCGGGUGGAGGCUCGUCUUGCUUUGCUGCUUACCUGGUUCCUCGGGUGAAUCGUCAAGACAAUUUUAUUGAUUUGUGUCUCUCAGCCAGUGCUCUCCUCUGCCCGGGUGAGCCCCCAGCCGCAGGGGAGCGGGUGAGUCGAUGGUGAGAGAGAAUUAACUCUCAGCUCUCAUCAGCUGCGGAGCCUCCCUGUGUACCCAAAUCUGCGUGUGAAUCACCAGAUGUUUUCCCGUACGCUGUAGGUAGGAUUAGAGCACUUGGGUGUUGUUCUCAUUGAGCUCAAGGGUUUCGUUCUCCGGCCCUCGCACCGCUGAGCUGUCCUUAGGGGUUUGGGGGGAGGUGAGAUGACUCGGCCGAGUCAGCUCCUGGCCCCUAUUUAAGCAGCUGCCUGGAGCACUUGGGUGCCCAUUCCCACCAGUGCUUCGUCUGGGAGCAGGGGGCCAGGGUGGGACACAGGACCUGGCGUAGGUGCAGCUCCCCAAUGCCAGGGCACAUCCAAACAGCUCAAAAAGGGGCCAGCAUGCAACUCCCUGCAGCAGCAGCGACUCCCACCUGCCGGGGAGAGUGGGGACAUGGGGACACAUACCUCCAGCAACUGGCUGUGGCCCAGGGGCAGCAGUGGCCCUGCCAGGCGCUCCUCCCUCGCCCCUCUGUCAGGUGCCAGGCUUCGGCCACGCUUCCCCUCUCAUCUCCCUCGCCCGCCUGCGCUGGUCACUCACGCUCUGCCUACGAGGAGCCUCGGAUUUACGGUGCCGUCCUUUGCUCCCCUCCCCUGCCCAGUGGGGAGGCAGCAGGGCCCCGUCUGGCCACAGCACCCAGCCAAGGAAGGGUUUCCUCCCCUGUCAUCGCCGCAAUGCCCACGAGCUUCCUGUGCUUUAUUUCUGCUGCCAGGGCAGGAGGGAUCCCCCUGCACCCCAGGGCUGCUCCUGCAAGAGGCCGCCCACCUCAGAGCCCUCUCCCCAGACGCAGCCCCCACUGCCAGCAGCUUCUCCAUGCCCACCCCAAAAAAAAACCAGCCAAGACAGACACCCGCAGCACGACACGGAACUAUUGACCUUUUUAUUUCAAUCAUCUACAGCAGCUCUACAUUCCCCUAACACACUGUCCUUCCUUCACUACCACAGACAGCGAGGGAGCCGAGUACACUGCGGUGGCAGCAAGUCUUCUUAAAGCUUAGUAUUAAAUAUUAAAUAUUCUCUCAUUUAUGUUUACAUUACUUUGUCAAGGAAAACAAACAAACAAACGAACAAAAAGACAAUUAAAACUUAAGUUACGUGAAUCUGUGCCCGUGCCCUGGGCAGCAGCAGUGGGGGCCGCAGAGCUGCCCCCAGCAAGGCGGCUGCUGCGAGGGAUAUGCAAAAAAAA